GAUUGAGCGCAGCGACGGAGGAACGAGACGCGUUCUGCAUGAUAUAAACAAACAAACCGAUCAAAUCCUGACACUUCACUCGCAUUGGCUCUCUUGGUUCUUUGUUAAAGGCCUGUGGGGUUUCGUUUAUCGGGGCUUGUGCUCCAGGUCGCUCACUACAUGCUUGUUCUUCAAAUCAUCGUGAUCCAGCUCAGUCCAGCUCCAGCCCCCUCCCAGCGCGCAGCUCUACAGUUACCAUUGGCCAACGAUGGAGGAAGUCGCUCGUCUUCCUCAGAAAGCUCUCCUCAACACCCCUCGUACCCUAGCAGACCCCGACAAAUGCUCACGCUUCCCACCCCACCCUACAGCCUACAGAAGAGCCUAGAGAAUGCUGAAAUUGAUCAAAAGCUGCAGGAAAUCAUGAAACAAACAGGAUACCUGAAGAUCGACGGACAGCGUUACCCUGCAGAGGUGACGGAUCUGAUCAGUGAGGGGGAGAUCGGCAGUGGAACCUGUGGACAGGUCUUUAAAGUUCGCUUUAAGAAGACUGGCCAUGUCAUCGCAGUCAAGCAAAUGAGGAGGACGGGUAAUAAAGAUGAGAAUAAGAGAAUCCUCAUGGAUCUAGAUGUUGUGCUGAAGAGUCACGACUGUCCGUACAUCAUUCAGUGCUAUGGAGCAAUAGUCACCAAUACGGAUGUAUUUAUCGCCAUGGAACUAAUGGGGACAUGUGCAGAGAAGCUAAAGAAGCGGAUCCAGGGGCCCAUACCAGAGGCCAUUCUGGGAAAGAUGACCGUGGCCAUCGUAAAGGCUCUGCUUUAUCUAAAAGAGAAACAUGGUGUCAUUCAUCGAGACGUGAAGCCAUCUAAUAUCCUGUUGGAUGCCAAAGGGCAGAUCAAACUAUGUGAUUUUGGCAUUAGCGGCCGACUGGUAGAUUCUAAGGCCAAGACUCGCAGCGCCGGCUGUGCUGCGUACAUGGCGCCUGAGAGAAUAGACCCUCCAGACCCCAGUAAGCCAGACUAUGACAUCAGAGCUGACGUCUGGAGUCUUGGCAUUUCUCUGGUUGAGCUAGCCACAGGACAGUUUCCUUAUAAGAACUGCAAGACAGACUUUGAGGUCCUCACCAAAGUUCUGCAAGAGGACCCACCGGUCCUUCCUCUCACCAUGGGCUUUUCUCCUGACUUUCAGUCCUUCGUCAAAGACUGCCUCACAAAGGAUCACAGAAAAAGGCCAAAAUACCACAAGCUGCUUGAACACAGUUUUAUCCGUCGUUACGAGGUGUCAGAUGUAGAUGUGGCGGGCUGGUUCCAGACGGUGAUGGAGCGCACAGAGUCUCCGCGCAGCAGCCAGUGCUUCAGCCAUCACCAGCUCCACUCCCUCUUCAGCAGGUAGCCAGACGGAGAACAAGAGAAAUGGAGGGAUAGCGGGAGAGAAAGAAUGGUGCGAUUGUGAGAGGUUGAUUUAGAGACACAGAUGGACAGGUUUGGAAUAUAAAUUCUGUAAAUGAGAAAGACAGGAUGGAGUGGAAGUGGACCGUUUGCGCGAUGGCCGAAACAAAAGAGAGAAUGUUCAUUUGGGAGUUUGACUGAUCGACAGACAAUCCUGGGCAGGUUUGAUGUAAAUCUGAAAUAUUUUUGUCCUUCUCAUCCACCCAUCGAACAGGAUGGACCAUUACAGGUUGCAGUCUAACAGUCACUGUGACACGCGCACACACACACACGCAUUUACACUAACACACUGCUUCACCGAACCACGAUCACUGACCGCUGUAUAAAGGUUAGCCACAAGAGUAAGCGUACAGUCCGUUCACUUCAAAAUCCAAAUCCACAUGUCAUGAAGUUCUCCGUAGCCCCUUACUCAGGGACUGAACAGAGUAGUCGAACAACACUGUGCAAUGGUGUGCGAGUGUGUGUGUGAGUGUGUGUGCGUUAUCCGUUUAUUAGUCCUUGCUCUUCACUUUCCUGUACGGUUUAAGCCAUUAGGCGAAUCUAAGCAAUUAGCGACAUAAUAUCAGUGUGAUAUCGAAAACUAUGUUUUAUAGAAGUGUUUUUCGCUAGCAAACAUCAGCCGAUAUUUCAGUAAUUGUAACGUGUACUUAAAGAGUUAGUGAUUCUUAGAUGUAGAGCUUCUAAUCCUUGAUGUUUAGAUUGUUAAAACUAGUUUGGUCAGGAAUUUCAUGUAUUGAAGUAGACGUACCGGCUAAGAGAAAGGUUUGUAUAUUAAGAUAAAACUAGUGGCGGACCGAUAAGAUGAAGUGUGCAUCUCAAUUUAAUAAGCAGAGACAACUAAAAGUGACAAAUGUUUGUUCGUCUGAGAAGCCCGUCUCAGCAAUAUUGGUUAAACCAAUGUUGUCAGGUUGGGGUGGGACUGCUUUAACCGGUGGUAAAUGGGGGAAAUCUUCAAAAAAAAAAAUGUGAUGAAGCGUUUUUAAAAAUCACUGAUAUCUGCGUAAUUCAGUUUCGCUGGUCAUUCAGAAAUGACACACUUCAGUUUCAUUGACUGAUGACAAUAUCUUGAAACUAUUCUGUUCAUCGGCCAAUAAGUGGCCAAAUAUUGGAUUACGUAUCGGUCUUGCACUAGAAAAAAACACACAAAAAAAAUUAGCCCAGAAUGUGUAAAGUUGUACACAGUGCACACCUCAGGAAGACAAGUGUUAGAAAUGGGUAUUUUAACCAGAUUUAGCUGCGUGUUGUUGCAGUCUUAGAGUGCGAGGAAGAAACCGCAAUCAAAAGCAUAGAUGAGACGUUGUCAUAGUCACUCAGAGUGGUGUUGAGAGACAAGCGGGGGUGUUUGUGCACAAGAAUCCUCCACAAGAAUAAAAAAAACGUCUCGUUUUGUGAGUGGAACAUUUCUGCUCUGAUUCACCUGACUCAUCUACCCAGACGACCGUUCAUCAUUUCAUUCUCUUCACCGUUCGUGUUUUCCCAUGAGCAUUUGAGUUCCCGCAAAACCAAAGCUUGUUUUUUUCGACACAGCACUGCUUUUUUUUUUUUUUCUUCUGCCAAGCUGUUGUUCUCAGAGGAUUUCAGCCCCUGUUCGUGGGUCGUGCUGAAGAUGUUCAGCGACUUUCACAACCAAAGCUGUAGAGUUUGAGAUUCACUGCUUUAAAAAGCCAAACCACUGCUGGACUGAGUGAGAAAGCGUGCGAGGAAAAAAGAAAAUUUGACUGAACGAAUCAGCAAAGAGAGAUUUGGAUGGUAAUGGUACGUCGAGGCGGGAAGUAUGGUGUUAUAUAAGGGACUGAGGAAAGAGUAAUGAACGUAGGAGAGAAAGGCAUACAGAAAGUAUUAAAGAAAGUCUCCAGUGAAGUCUUAUAGAAAGUAUUGGUUGAUUUUUAGAGACGGUAACAGAUGUUGGUUGUUUUCUAGAUCUCUAGUUGGACGUUGCAUAAAAGCUUUCAAUUUUUUUGAACCAAUGUACCAAUUUUUACUUUUAGGGGUUAAGUAGGUUUGCAUUGUUUUGCAUCUUACUGUUUUUUCAUUAUCCUUGAAACUUUGUUUGCUAUCAUUAUUUUUACUAUUAUUAUAUUUAUUUAUUAUCUAUCUUGCUGCUACUGUUUACUUUAGAUGCUGCUGUCACAAUGAUUAUACUCCCCAAAGGAAAAUCUUUUUUCUUUUCUUUUUUUCCUGAACCAAAUGCAUAAAACACUGCAAUGUCUACACAGUUACCAAAUAUAAAAAUAAUUACCUGUAAAAUGCACGAUGUGAUCCUUUAAGAGGAAAAGAGAAAGCAAGCAUGGAAUAAAUAUAUAAACCUAUAUCUAUAUUUAUAUCAAAAUGAUUUGUUUUUGAAACUACGCCACUAUGCCAACUCACACAAACAUCGCCACUCACUGUAGGCAACUAAUAAUAAUGACUUCCAGUUAUUUGUACAAAAUAAGAGACACCAGCUGGUAAUAUCUAUAUAUAUUUGAGCUAGAUUUCCUUCAUUGCACCAUUAGCUGUGGGUCACUCCUAAUUGUCCUCCUGUGUCCGUCCUGCGGUGGAUGAAUAAAUGGGUUUCAAAUACGUUCUCCUCUGUUAAUAUUUAAUUUAAUAUAUGCUUAUGUGUUAAACACAUUUUUAGUCAAGGAAUUCUGUAUAUUCAGCAGUUUUUUUUCCAUUAAAUCAGAUUGACAAAUCAGUCAAAAGAUCAGAAAACAUGUCAGAUGCGAACACUAUCUACUAUAGCAAUGAUCUGUAACCGUUUACCUCCCAAUAGUUUCUUCACUUCUUUGCUGCAAAAUAGAAUCUCUAACAGGACUCUCACUGUCAACUUAACACUGACUUCCUGUUUGACGUUAAUCACAGAUACUGUGGUGCCUGCCUGUCUGUCUGUCCGUCAUUCUCUCAGUAGACCUUAUAGAUGCAACCGCAGCAUUACACACCAAAGGUGUCAUCAAUAACACAAAUUCAAACCAGUGGCGUUGUCGUCAUUAGGGUGAUUAUUGUUAUACUAGAUGAUGCUGGAUUGUUAUUCUGAGGACCUCGGGUGAGGGAUACACAGCUUCAUGGAUGUAUUUUCCUGUGAGACAGUGGUGGGUCACCCUUCACUGUUGGGGUUCUAUUUUGGUGACACACACGCAUACAAACACGCCUCUGUGGAAAUAUGAUCCGAGAUGCUAAUCUGUAUGGUUUAUGCUUGGUUUUUAAGUGUACUUCCAUUCACUGUUUUCUGGCACUAUUUUAAUUUGUAAUUGCUAUUUUUUUUUUUAUUUGCUUUCUGAAGCAUCGUUUCUUUAUAUAUGUGUGCGUUUUGAUUCUCUGAAAUAGGCGUUUCUGUGAAUAGGACAGAGAUAAUGAACCCAUUUCUGCCGACGGUAGUCGUACAUGUCCAGAACACCAAACUAAACCAGUGCGUGCUGCUGUUUCAUUAGUUAUUGUUUAUGGUUUUUGUGUGUGUGUGUGUGUGUGUGUGUGUGUGUGUGUGUGUGUGUGCGCGUGUGAGUGAGUGUGUGUGUUUGUGUUGCAGCAUCACUGUUAUUUUUGGUGUGUUUGCGUGUGUGAGUGCUCAGGCGUGUACUCGUGCCGUCAUGAUUUUUAAGU